AAUAGUUUUAGCACUCUCGCCUAAAAAACUGGUAUCAUUCGGUGCCCUAUUUAUACUACUGACAUGCCUCGACAGUCAUCGUUGAACAGAGAGAAUGAUCCGACGGAAACCAUCCGUCCUAGUUCAUCACAGCGUUCUUUCAACGAGAACCAUGCUGACAACCACUUUCAACUGCAGGACACUUUCCGCAUUCUGCUGGCUACAGACAAUCAUCUGGGUUAUAUGGAGAAAGAUCCUAUUAGAGGUCAGGAUUCCUUCAAUUCAUUCGAAGAGAUUCUUCAACUGGCUCAAGACAGAGAGGUGGAUAUGGUGAUACUAGGUGGAGAUCUCUUUCAUGAUAAUAAACCUUCACAAAAAAGCCUUUGUACUGCAAUGAGUCUGUUGCGCCAGUACUGUCUUGGCGAUAAGCCAUGUCCUAUUGAGAUCCUCAGUGACCAGAGCGAAAACUUUCCCAACAGAUUUGCAACAGUCAAUUAUCAGGAUCCAAACUACAAUGUCGGCAUUCCUGUUUUUUCUAUCCACGGAAACCAUGACGAUCCCUCUGGUGGAGGUAACCUAUGCGCAUUGGAAGUACUGUCCGUGUCUGGACUCGUCAACUACUUUGGCAAACAGGCUACAUUGGAUGAAAUUCAUAUCAAACCCAUCCUGCUUCGCAAAGGAUCUUCUUAUUUAGCGCUCUAUGGUUUAGGAAAUGUUCGAGAUGAGCGUCUGAAUCGCCUCUUUCGAGAUCGUAAAGUUAAAAUGUAUCGCCCUAAAGAAUCACACGAUAUGAAUGACGACGCUACUGAGCAAUACAUGGAUGGAGCGUCUUCCUUACCAUCGUGGUUUAACAUGAUGGUAAUUCAUCAAAAUAGAACUGCUCAUGGACGAAACAAUUAUAUUCCUGAAGCGUACUUGGCAGACUUUCUCGAUUUGGUUCUAUGGGGUCAUGAGCAUCAAUGCUUGAUUGAUCCUGUCGUAAACGACUCUAAAAACUUUUACGUGACCCAGCCGGGAUCUUCUGUUGCCACGUCACUGUGUGAGGGAGAAUCUGCUACAAAGCAUAUUGGCAUUUUGAGUAUUCAGGGAACUACAUUUGCUGUGGAAAAAAUCCGUUUAAAGUCUGUGCGUCCAUUUGUCAUGGACGAGGUGGUUUUGCAAAAAGUAUCGCAUCUAUACACCAAGGAUCAAGCAGCAGUAAAUGAAUAUCUUCAACAAAAGGUUGCAGAAAUGAUUGAAAUAGCAAGAAUCAAUUGGCAAGAACUGAAUCCAGAUGUAGAUCCAGAAGAGUUUCCCAAACCAUUGAUCCGUCUCAAGGUUGAAUAUACAGGAGGAUUCACUACAUUCAAUCCUCAACGAUUUGGUCAAUUUUACAUAGAUAAAGUUGCCAACCCAAAAGAAAUCAUCAGUUUCUAUCGUAAACGAACUGCGAUAAAAGCCAAACCAUCUGAAUUUGUCACCAUAGAGCCUAAUCUUCCUGGGGAACUUGACAAGCUUACAAUUCAAGACCUCGUAGCACAAUAUCUCGAUGCUCAAAAACUAGAAAUUUUACCCGAGAAUGAGCUUGCGGAUGCUGUAUUGAAUCAGGUUGAAAAAAAUGACAAGGAUGCCAUCAAGAUGUUUGUUGAUAAAACGCUUCGAGAAACCAAAAACGCUAUUAGAAAUCGUAUUGCUCCAUCAAAAUACAGUAAUGCUGCUGAAAGAACAUCACGGAACGUUGUUGAAUCAAACGACAUUAGACCUCAGGAGUCUAGAAACCAUAUGUAUGAAGAAAACGAUGAUGAAAGUGUAGAUAUCGAGAAUAUGGAUCAACUAGAUCGUGAAAUUGCAAAAAUCAAACUGAAUCUGACACAGGCCUUUGCAGUCAAGGAACACAAUAUUGGUACUGCACAAAGAAACGAUAUUCGUCGUGAAGUGGAUGCGACCCGAGCUGUUCGACAUGUACAAGAUGAUUCAAACGAUUUUUAUACAAUGCAGGAAACACAUGUAGCGCCAAAAAAACGCAGUACUGCUGCAUCUCGUACUACUGCAGCAAAAUCUCGAGCGAAUACCACAUCCUAUAGGACUACUGUGGCAUCUAGUCAGUUUGAUGAUGACAAUGAUUUUGAUUUUGAACGCAAUGCUGAUUCGAUAGCUACAAAAAGUACUGCUCGUGGUAGGUCUGAAAUGUAUGCAGAAGCAACAAGCAGAGGUGUACUGAAACCUCGAGGUAAAUCUACUGCUAUUGCAACUAGACGAUCUGAGCCAAAAACAGCCACACAUUUCAAGGAGACUUUGUUUGAAUCGGAUUCGUUGAAUUCACUUGACAGCUUUGAUAAAGUGAAUGCAUUCAACAGUAGAAAAACACUUGGUAUCGCGUCAGUAUCUAAAAUUGGAUACAAAUCAGAUAUAUUUAAACCAACCGCUUCAGUAUCAAUGCUUGACGAGGUUAUUCCAGAAACUCAGAUCAGUCAAGAAAACGAUGAUGAUAUUCAAGACGAGGAUGCUGCACCACCACUACCGACGCAGGCAGUAGAAUCUACACAAGCAAAUACUGCUCCUAACACUCGUGGAAGAAAACGAGAGUUGCCAUCUUCGUUAAGAUCUGGAAGUGGAAAAUUAGCACUGGGACCAAAGAAACAGACCAAGUUACAGUUCAUGUCUAGUCAACAGCUUGGCAUGCCGCAACAGUCGUGUGACGACUCUGAAUCACAUACAUUGCGGGAAUUUGUCAAUAGGGACAAGCGGAGUCGCAAACGAUAAACUCGAUUACUUUUUAAAAACUAUUUGAAAUAUUCAUGGCAAUCUAAUGUGGACGGAUUGGUUGUUGGUGACUGACUCGUAGUGUUUUAUUUUACGUGAACACUACGAGUCAAAGUAUAAUAAACUAGCAGUUUCAUGG